AUGAUCACCAAUGGCUGCCAAAACAACAGAGCAGAAGAAACCUCAGAUAACUGCUUAGAAAGGAGGAAGAGCGGUUGUUCCCAGAGGGCUGUGCGACAUCGAUUCGUCGGCACUGUCACGGCCGGUGUGCUAAAGAAGACCGCUGGCCUUGUGGGAUUGGCUGUGUGCAAUACUCCACAUGAGAGGCUAAGAAUAUUGUACACAAAGAUUCUUGAAGUUCUUGAGGACAUCCCUAAAAAUGCAGCAUAUACAAAAUAUACAGAACAGAUUAUAAAUGAGAAGCUAGCUAUGGUUAAAGCAGAACCAGACGUUCAAAAAUUAGAAGACCAGCUUCAAGGUGGUCAAUUAGAAGAGGUGAUUCUUCAGGCUGAACAUGAACUAAGUCUGGCAAGAAAAAUGGUGCAGUGGAAAACGUGGGAGCCAGUAGUGGAAGAGACUCCUGCCGAUCAGUGGAAAUGGCCAAUAUAAUUAUUAAGUGAUUUUGGCGGGGUAAUGGGAAACUGAUGUAAUGAAAUGUUCUGUUCUAUUAAGAGCGUGUUCAUAUUACUGACAUAAUCAAGAAAACUGAUAUAGAAAAUAUCUAGGAGACUGUUAAAAUUAGUGAUUAUGAUAAUUCAGUCAUGUGAAUCCAUUUUUGAUUUGUAGUCACACAAAUUAUUUCAAAGAUGAUAUUUCUAUGAACAGAGAGGUCAUGGGAAGAUUUGAGAAUUAAUUGGAAAAAUUCCUACAGAUCUUCAAUGUAGAGGCCAUAAUCAAAAAGUAAAGUUUCUUUAAUAGUAUGUUCAACACAUCAUUCAAUUUUUUAAAUUAUCCUGAAGAAGAAGAGAAAAGGUCCUUAAUUAUUAUGGUCUAAACAAAUUUAUAGAUCACUGUUUGAGGUAAAAAAUAAGAGUGAUUUUUUAAAUGUGAUAAAAUAGCACAGAGGCUGGUAAUAAAAUUUGAAAUUAUGGUUAACCUCCUUAACUGUGAUCUUAUGGAUGUAAAGUUUAAAUAUAUAGUUAUAUAUUGAUUACAAAAUCCAUAAUGCCAUUUUAUUUUAGUCAUUAUUUGAAUUAUACCAUUUACUCUGUUUUCUUAUAGUCUUA